CCACACCUCUCUUCAGUUGUCGCCCAUGCCCUCCCCACGCCCAGCAUGUUCAACCUGCGCUCGAUCAUCCUCGUCGUCGUGUCCUAUGUCGUAAUCCCGCGCCUGACAUUCCUCCCGCAAAAUGUCCACUCCCUGCUCAUCAUGUUUGGGCCCUUCAUCAUACCCCGGAUCUUUGACUGGAUAAACGUCGCUCGCGCAAGCGCACGAAGCGUCCCAGUCCGCCCAACACCGCCACGAGUCAAGAACGCGCUCAAUCUGCUCUUCGUCGCUACUGUUGUGUGCGUAGUCCUCUCGCUGUCUCGCUUUGCGCCAGAGAACAUAUUCUUGCAGACGCAGAGUCACAUACGGACCGAGGUCAGCGUGUUGUUUGCGCGACUGAGGCAUCUGCGACCGCUCACGGCGGAGGAUGAUGCGCUGAGGACCAAGUUUGGUGGGAGUGCACGUAACAAGCUGCUGUAUCUCGUAUACGGUCCAGACACACUGUUGAACUGCGGGUGGUGUGGUACAGCAAACGGCAACGACCAGCAGGACUAUUUUCUGUAUAGUCUACCCAAGAUAGUCACCCCACACAUAUUCCAGUUCCUCGUGCUUGGUCUGGCUACGUCAUCUUUGGUGGGCAGUGAGGGCUCGAGGUUUCGCACCCACGCGACCAUCAUGGGGAUAUCGGCACUGAUAGUAGAAACAUGGUUCAUGGCAACCUACGACAUCACCACCAAUAAACGCGCCAAAUUCGUUCAGGACAUCGACUCCGUAUACUGGCGCGUCCGCUUCCUUCGAUACAUCGUUUUCGCCUUGCAGGACAUCGCCCUUGCGCUCGUGCUCUGGGCAACCAGCACUAACCGCUGGCUCGCGAUGCCCGUCAACAUCGCCGAACGAAUCGAGAUGUCCUCACGUCAGGCAGAAGAGACGUUGAACAAGCUACGUGGGCUCGGUCUGCUCACCAACUCGGUCAAUCGCGACUCAGCACUGCGAGGCGUAAGGGAGGAAUACUGGAGAACAGAGGGGCAGGUUAUGGCAGAUACGGUGCAGGAUGAAGCUGUCACAGAGCAGAUCAACAAGGUGGUAAGCAAGAUGGAUUUCAGCUCGUUAGAAGGCCGUGUAAGUGAAGUUGCAGAUGGUAUACUACGGAGUAUUGACGGCAUGCGACAAGCUGGUUCUGCAGGCCACAUAAACCAAGCGUCUGCAUCGGCUGUUGAAUCUUGAGCUUUUAGCACUUAUAUAACUGAAACCCGAAAAGCAAAUAUGCAUAAAGAAUUUACAUACGUAUGUC